AAUAUCUCCUAAACUACGAGAGUUGAGACUAGUACCAAACGAUUUAUCAUGAAAAACUGCAUCUAUAAAAAAAUUACGAACAAAAUCGAUCACUGUCCGUAAAGUAAAGUUCCACCGUUUUCUCCAUUGAUGGAAAAGAAAAAAAUGAAUUUGGGUGAACAUAAUAACCAUAUUGAAACAGAGCUACCUAUUGCCUAUGAUGAUGUAGAGUUAGAGGAAAAAUCAGGAAUUAUAGAUGUUUUUGAACAGUUUCUGGAUGAAAAUGGACUUCAUGAUAGAGAAGAAUUUUUAGUCAAGAAUGAAGAAAAUACCUCAAACUGCUUGGUUACCAAAAUCAAUGCAAAUCAUUUGUCAUCUCCGUCUAUUAUCAAAAAAUUGCCUCAAGUAUCUGAUCCAUUGAUGAAUAAUUCUGAACAUUCACAUCUGGAACAGUCUAUAGGUCAUGAAAUUCACAGAGUCGCAAUUGAAAAAAAUAAUAUUAAAAACCUACAGUGUGAUUACUGCUGCAGUCAGAAACAACAUGAGAAAGAACCUAAGAAAUCUCGUGAUUUGAAAAUUAGGAAACGCAAGUGCUCGCUAUGUGAAUAUACAGCUAGAAGGAAAAGUAACCUCAGUACUCAUGCCGAAUCUGUUCAUCUGAUAAUUAAGGAUCGCCAGUGUCAUCUAUGUGACUUCGUUACAAAGAGAAAGUAUUCCCUUCAAAACCAUAUCAAUUUUGUUCAUUUGAAAAUCAAGAAACACAAGUGCCACUUCUGCGAAUAUACUACUAGUCAAAAAAAUACUCUCGACAAUCAUCUAAAAUCUGUUCAUUUGAAAGUCAAGGAUCACAAGUGUCAUUUGUGCGAUUACGCUACAAAUAUAAAAUCUAGCCUUAAAACACAUGUAACAUGUGUUCAUUUGAAAACCGAGGAACACAGGUGUCACCUAUGUGAGUUUGUUACAAGUAGAAAAGUGGUUCUACAAAGACAUAUCAACUCUGUUCAUUUGAAUAUCAAGAAACACAAGUGUGAAUUGUGCGCUUAUGCUGCAAGUAGAAAAAACAAUCUCGAUAGACAUGUAAAAUAUGUUCAUCGGAAAGCUGUGAAACCCAAAUAUUUCGAUUGUCUGCUAUGCAAGUAUGCUGCAAGUACAAAAGAAAAACUUCAGAGACAUGUAGACUCCGUUCAUUUGAAUAUGAAGAAACACAAGUGCGAAUUGUGUGAAUAUGGUGCGAGGGACAAAGCUAAUCUUAAUCAACAUGUGAAAUCUGUUCAUCUGGAUAUCAAGGAACAUAAGUGUACCUUAUGUGAAUACUCUACGAACCGAAAACAACACCUCCAAGCUCAUGUCAACUCUGUUCAUUUGAAAAUCAAGAAACAUAAGUGUCAGUUGUGUGAAUAUGUUACAAGCCAAAAAGGUAAUCUGAAAAGACAUGUCAACUUAAUUCAUUGUAAGGUCAAAAAACAGGUGUCGCCUAUGUGAAUAUGGUACAAAUUAAAAACAUUUCUCGGCAAGCAUAUCAAAUCUGUUCAUUUGAAAACUGCAAAUCACAAGAGUCGCUAGCUGAUAGAUAGAUAACAAUGUUUAUUUUGAAGUAUGUAAAGCACAACUACAAACUUAUGCUAUUCAUACCACUAAAUAGUGUCAGCAAAAACUAUAAUUAAAAUACUUCCCACCCCUACUCAAAAUAUUCUAGAAAAUAGGGUUCUAAUUUACUGAGCAUUUCUUUUACUUUCUUUUUAAAUAAAUUAAAAUUAUCAA